AUGAAAUUGCGGGGGGAAGGAGGAGGAGGAGGAGGGAGCAGGCGGCCGGCGGCGCGGGGGGAGGGGGCUCGGUCCGGGAGUGCGGGAGGCAGUGGUAGAGGGAGGUGGCGGCAGCGGCUAGCGGACUCGAGUCACAACCGGGGCCAGGCAGACACCUCUGUGGAGCGAGGCAGCGGGAACACCGAGCACCGGAGGCGGCACCGGGAUCCCCGGCUCGGGAGGGGGCCGCCGGACCGGGAGGAGGGGAGGGGGCGAUGCUGGAAGCCAUGGCGGAGCCCAGUCCCGAAGGUGAGCUCUCGACCGGCACUGAGCACUAAGCCGGAGCUUCAGCCACCCGAGAAACGUCGGAGAACAAUUGAGGAUUUCAACAAAUUCUGCAGUUUUGUCUUGGCCUAUGCCGGCUACAUCCCCCCCAGCAAAGAGGAAAGCGACUGGCCGGCCUCGGGCUCCAGCUCUCCACUGCGAGGUGAGAGUGCGGCCGACAGCGAUGGCUGGGACUCAGCUCCCUCCGAUCUCCGGACCAUCCAGACCUUCGUUAAGAAGGCCAAGUCAUCCAAGAGACGGGCUGCUCAGGCAGGUCCCACCCAGCCAGGACCCCCAAGGUCCACCUUCUCUCGUCUGCAGGCCCCUGACAGUGCCACCCUGCUUGAGAAGAUGAAGCUCAAGGACUCUCUCUUUGAUCUAGAUGGGCCCAAAAUGGCAUCUCCACUGUCUCCCUCAUCCCUCACACAUGCCUCCCGGCCCUCUGCUGCUCUCACCUCAGUACCCCUUUCCCAGGGGGACCUCUCCCAGCCCCCUCGAAAGAAGGACCGAAAGAACAGAAAGUUGGGGCCGGGAGGGGGGGCUGGCUUUGGGGUGCUUCGGAGGCCUCGGCCAGCCCCUGCGGAUGGGGAAAAGAGGUCUCGAAUCAAGAAGAGCAAGAAGCGGAAGUUGAAAAAGGCAGAGCGGGGGGAUAGACUCCCACCUCCUGGGCCUCCCCGGGCACCUCCCAGUGAUACAGACUCUGAAGAGGAGGAGGAGGAAGAGGAAGAGGAGGAGGAAGAAGAGAUGGCAGCAAUGGGAGGGUGUGACACCCCAGCCCCUGUGCUGCCAACGCCCCCUGAGGCUCCUAGGCUCCCUGCCCCAGCGCACCCUGAAGGAGCCCCUCCCACUGACAGUGAAAGCAAGGAGGUGGGCAGCACUGAAACAAGCCAAGAUGGCGAUGCCAGCUCCAGUGAAGGGGAGAUGCGGGUCAUGGACGAGGACAUCAUGGUGGAGUCAGGUGAUGACUCGUGGGACCUGAUCACGUGUUACUGCCGAAAGCCCUUUGCUGGGCGGCCCAUGAUUGAGUGCAGCCUCUGUGGGACGUGGAUCCACCUCUCAUGUGCUAAGAUAAAGAAGACGAAUGUCCCUGACUUCUUUUACUGCCAGAAGUGCAAGGAACUGCGGCCAGAGGCCCGGCGGUUAGGGGGGCCUCCCAAAUCUGGAGAGCCCUGACAUCGCUGUCUCUAGGCUGGAACUUCCAAAUGACAACGUGACUUGGGAACUGAGCCUCGGCGUCCUCAGCCCACCUCCCGGAGCUUGGAUAUUGUCCCACUUCAAGGCAGGAACUCCCAAGGGAGCCUUGUUUGGAAAUGAGUUGUUACUCUGUUCUUCCUUCCCACCUUGUGGACUUGACAUGGGAGCCAUUACAGUUGGGGGUGGGAGGCUGUCUGGGUCCCUAGACACUUAAUCUCUGUCCCUUGGACCUGCCACCUCUCACUCAAUGUGCCAGGGUUGGAAAUGGGAUGGAAUGGGACAGUUGUCUAUAAAACGCUAGUGUAAAUACAGCACUUCCCUCCCUCAUCUUUUCUCCAUCCCCAUUUAUUCUACACUGGUUUUGUUUUUAAUUUUGGACUUCCCCUUUUUGGGCAGGGCAGCUCAGAGGUGGAGAACCGGAGCCUGGCUAGGGGAGGAAGGAAGACAGGUGAUCAUUCUCCGGGUCACCUCUUGUUUUUAAUAAUACUGGCCCGCAUUGGUGCGGGUGCCUGCGUGUUGUAAAUAAAGCGGAGUGGGCUCUUUGUGUUUACAGCC